CCCGUUUACUGAAAAACAAAACAAAAACAAAAAAUGGAAAAAGAAAUGAAGCAAUGAAGCAAUGACGGUGCCAGAUUCGUGUAUUAACGAGUCUAUUUUCAGUCCUCCACCACCUCAACCACACUCCGAUCUGUAACUCUCUCUGUUUCCGAUUCCGUUCAUCAUUGCGCCCUACAAUUUUCAAAUUCAACGUUUUAAACCCCUGAGAUUAUGAGAUCUGAAACCAAAUCAUUUUUGUUCACAACUCUCAGAUAUAAUAAAUAAAUAAUUACACUCUCAUUUUAUCAUCCCAAUCUAGAACCCUAACCUGAAUCCCGAAUCCAAAAUCCCGAUCUGAAUCGUUCCAAUGUCUUGUUUAGCACUCUCUUUGCAACCAUCCAAUGGAUCCGAUAUUCUUCUCCAGACUCGCGAAUGGUUCCCACCCUCACGCGCUCUCGGUGCUCUUUCCGCUUUCCGUCAUACUCGCCGUGCCUUCGCCGGACACAAGAACAAAGCCAACAUCCCUGAAGACGCUUACGCCGCGGAAUCCAUCGGUGAUGAUCCCCUCGCUGCUUCCAGUGGCCAAGUUAUCGUCGGUGUAGAGAGUCGCUACCGAAUCGUGUAUCGUUUAGUCAACGGAAUCUACGUCCUUGGGAUAACCGUCGCCGAUCAUGAUAAUUCCGUCAAUGUUUUCGAGUGCAUUCAUAUUGUUAACCAGGCUGUUAGUGUUGUUGUUACCGCCUGCCGUGGCGUUGAUGUUACUCCGGAGAAGCUUGGACGGAAAUAUGCUGAGAUCUAUAUGGCACUUGAUAUUGUCCUCCGUGGUGUUAGCAAUAUUCGUCUCGCCGCUAUGCUCGCAACAAUGCACGGUGAUAGUAUUGCUAAGAUGGUGCAUUCUGCAAUUGACACCGAGAAUAAGAUCCGUGGCGCUGAUAAUUGGUCUUCCGCGGAGGUGCAUUCUGUAGAACACCAGGCGAGCAUUGAUGCAUUUGCCAAUGCAAGGUUUGAAUUGCCGCAGGAGACUCUCCAAGCCGGUGAUGAAGUGGUGGCUGGCCUUGCUGCCCCGACGGCAGGUGAACAGAAUGAAGAGAUUCAACAGAAACAAACUCAGGAAGAGGCUGAAGUGGAAAAGGAUCCAUUUGCAGCUAGUGAUGCCAUUAACAAGCCUCAAGAGCUUGUGAGUGGGUUUAAGAAGACUAAGGAUGGUUCUUCAACUGAUUUGACUGCAGCUUUGGAAGGUCUUGAUGUUACUACAUUGCCACCUCCAGAGGCUACACAAUCAACUCAUAUAAAUGUGGAGGGAUUUGAAGGGAACUAUGGUGGAGUUGAGUUUGGAAUGGAACAAGCUUCGAUUGGUGAAGCUUUUGAAGGUUUCAAUGAUGCUUGGGGUGGUGGACUUGAUGUUUCAGAUUUUGUAGGUCCAACCAAGGCUCCAAAACCACAAGGUCUUGGUGGAGUUGAGCUCUUGCAGACAGGGCCAGAUGUUGCACCUAAAGAAAAAGCGGGUGAGGGUGGUGUACUUGACAACUUGGUGAAGAAAACCGAAAUGAAGGGUCCCGAGAUAUACAUUUCGGAAGAAAUUAGUGCAGAGUUCAGGGAAUCAGUGCUUGCAAGGGUGGGAUUAAUGGGUGUUGUUUACCUUAGAACAUUGCCACCUAAAGCUUCUGGUGGUGAUAAAGAAACUGAAUUCUCAUUCCGAGUUGAGGGUACCAAAGCUGUUAAAAGAUUUGCUUUGCAGAGUUCUCGUGUUAGUAGCCUUGAUAAUGGGAUGUUUCAUGUGAGGACAGCGGCUUCGGAGGAACCUAUACCAAUUAUGAAGUUUAGUUUACUUCCAAAGUUGACACCUUUGCCUUUGAGGGUUCGACUUAUAAAACGACACACGGGGAGUUUUGUUUCUGUAAUGAUACAGUAUGCUUCAAACCCUGAUUUGCUUGCUCCAUUGAAUGAUGUUACAUUCAUUCUGAAACUACCAGUUGACCCGACUCUUUUGAAGGUUUCUCCAAAAGCUGUUUUGAAUAGGGUUGAUAAAGAAAUUAAAUGGCAUGUGCCAGAGAUUCCAUUGAAAGGCUCUCCUGGAAGGUUGAGAGUAAGGAUGCCUGUAGAUUCUAACGAAGAUGACGAUGAAGAAAUUGAGGUAGUUGGUUAUGUGAAAUUUUCGGUACAAACAACGCAAUCCUUAUCCGGAGUUUCUAUACGGCCUGCUUCGGAGGGCAAGACAGACUUCUAUGAGGUUAGUCACAAACUUGAGAGUGGGGUUUACAUGUGCAACUGAUUUGUAAUCAUAGAUGGUUAUUAGGAUUUGUAGUUUUUCAUUUUGUGUUCAUGAGAUUGUAUGGUUUGGUUGUUUAUAACAUUCUUGGAUAUUGAGCAUGUACCUUGAGCUGUGAAAAUUUGUUAUUGUGUGUUUCGGCUAUUAAUUUUCAUCAAUGGAUUGUAUUUGGUCUUC